AUGUCUAUAGUAUUUAUUUCUUGUGGAAAUAAUAACUUCGAAAAUGUUAAAAAAUGCCUACUUUCAGGUUUCUUUAUGUAAGUCGCUAAAUUAUAAAGAAAUGGGGCAUAUAUGGCAUUUAAAGAUGUAUAAACUGUAGCUAUUCACCCUUCUUCGGUGAUUGAUAAUAAACCUGAUUGGGUCAUUUAUAAUGAGUUUGUAUUAACUAAAAGGCAUUAUAUAAGAACUGUUACGGAAAUUAAAGGCGAUUAUUUGUUUGAGGUUAAUCCUGAUUAUUUCAAUCCAGCUAGAAUAAAACAUAUUGAUACUAAAAGAGAUUUAGAAAAAUUGGAAAGAGAAGUUCUUGAAAAAAGAAAAUAGAAAAAUUAUAAAUGA